AACGUUUUCAACAUUAUACAGAAUGGGUCGCUUCACCUUACUGGCAGCGCUUUUCGCUGGAUUAGUGUGUUUGAUCGAUCUUUCUCCAGCCUUAGCCCAUCCAAGUGCAAUUAAACCGCCUACCGAUGCGUCGCAAAUGCCAAACAUCCCCAGUCCGGGCGAUUUUCCCAGGCCACCCGGAAUGCUGCACAAUCGGGUAUCACGUCAGGCUCCACCUGAAAUUCCCGGACAAGAUCAAUUCCCUCCACCGCCGCCGCCACCGCCCCAGAUGCCUCAGAUGAGAUCCCGUCGAAACGCUAGGACAUCGAUCGAAAUGACCAACAUUCUGCCGGCACUUGAAACCAUAUCGUACAUUUCGGUGGCACGUGACAAACGAGCCGCCAAGGGCACUGGAGGCAAGCUACCCAGUAAGGCUGGAUGAAAAGCAGAAGAGCAAACCUGAUUCCUUCAACGAUGUUUCUUAGCUGAUGAGUUCGCUUUCCCUUUGUUGCCCGUUAUCCAUAAUAUAUAGGGGGUGUGACGAAUAGCAUAUUCAUAUGUACUACAAUCAAAUAAAUUACCAUGCAAGCAAUGAAUGAAACACA